CAGGCUGAAAACUCCUCUUCCUCCUCCAUCUUCUUCUUCCUUGGAGCUGCAAGAAACUUUUGGCGAUGAGAGGAUCGGUUCUAGCAGUGGUGGCGGUGCUACUCUGCGCCACCUGCCACCUCGGUUGUGCCUUCAUGGAUGUGUGAUGCUGUCGAUACCAGUGUGGCUUCUUGUUUCUGUUUUAGUGAGGAGUAUCUUUUUCUCAAUUCAAGCAUGAGUAAGGCAAAAUCAAGAGGGUGAUCAAAUGAACUGUGGGCUAGUGCCGAAUGGGGACUUCGAGCUCGGGCCCAAGCCCUCAGACAUGAAAGGCACAGUGGUGGUCGGUAAGUAUGCGCUCCCCAAGUGGGAGAUCUCGGGCUUCGUGGAGUACAUCAAGUCGGGCCAGAAGCAGGGCGACAUGCUGCUGGUCGUCCCUGAGGGCGCGUUCGCUGUGCGGCUCGGGAACGAGGCCUCGAUCAAGCAGCGGCUCCAGGUGGUGAAGGGCAUGUACUACUCUAUCACGUUCAGCGCGGCCCGGACGUGUGCCCAGGAGGAGAGGCUCAACAUAUCGGUCGCGCCUGACUCGGGAGUGCUUCCGAUGCAGACCCUGUACAGCAGCAAUGGGUGGGACUCAUACGCCUGGGCAUUCCAGGCCGAGCUUGAUGUGGCUGAGAUUGUGAUCCACAAUCCAGGAGUUGAGGAGGACCCUGCUUGUGGACCCUUGAUUGAUGCAAUUGCAAUCAGGGCUCUCUAUCCUCCUAGAGCAACUAAUAAGAACUUACUAAAGAACGGUGGCUUCGAAGAGGGUCCGUACAUCUUCCCAAACACGUCCUGGGGAGUAUUGAUCCCUCCGAACAUCGAGGAUGACCACUCGCCCUUGCCUGGCUGGAUGGUGGAAUCUCUCAAAGCAGUCAAAUACAUCGACUCCGCCCACUUCUCUGUCCCCGGGGGCAGGAGGGCAAUCGAGCUCGUCGCCGGAAAAGAGAGCGCGAUUGCUCAAGUAGCCAGGACCAUCCCGGGGAAAACCUACACCCUGUUCUUUGCCGUCGGAGACGCGAGCAACUCAUGCGAGGGGUCGAUGAUCGUCGAGGCAUUUGCGGGGAGGGACACCAUCAAGGUGCCCUAUGAAUCGAAGGGCAAAGGCGGGUACAAGCGCGCCGUCCUGCGGUUCAAGGCCACAACCACGAGGACCAGGAUCAUGUUCUACAGCACGUUCUACACCAUGAGGAGUGACGAUUUCUCUUCUCUGUGUGGUCCUGUUGUCGACGACGUAGUCCUCUUGAGCGUCAGGACUAGGCUCAUGUAAGAGUUUGACCAAAAUAAUUGGUCAGCAAACUUUUGCUGUGUGGAGUGAGACGAGGGUUUUUCAGUAAGUGUCAAGUUUCAAACUAGCUUAUAAAACCCAAAACCAGAAAAAUAAGAAUUAGAUAUACUGCAAUGGAAGGUUGAUAUGGUAUAUAUUACUGGUGGGUUUACUUUACCAAGCCUACGUAUUAUUGAUAAAUUUGAAAUAAAAGGUUCGUUUUAGUGCC